UUUAACAUGACGGGAAGCAGCAGCAGCUGUUGACUAACAACACAUGGUGAGGAAGGGAAGAAGCAAGAAGAUAAAAGAAGAGAGCGAAAAUGGUGGCGAGGGAGGAUUAAUCGAAUCCAAGAGAUCUCUGACGUCCGCUGGAACACGAGCAGAUCCUUCCCUUCUCUCUCCGUUCCUCUCAAUUGAAAUCGAACGGAGCGUUUAUAAUUGCAUUUAAGACAAACCCUAAAGUCUAGAAGUAGACGCAAGACGAGCUGGGAAAGGUGGAGACUUUUCCUUCAAUCUUGUUUGGUAAGGGAUUCGGAACUCUGUAACUUUGUCUCGAUUCCUCGCACGAUAUCCUCGUUGUUUCUCGCUCUUCCUUUCCCUCUUCGGAUCAUUGCAAAAGUCGGCUGCUUUGGUUCACUGGGUGGAUGCGUCACUUUCUGGACUGGCGUUGCGAUGUCUUCGCUGUCGGAGUCGGUAUUGCGCUUCGACUUCAGGUUGCAGCGGGCGAAGUGGGAAAGAUUAGCGUGAGGGAAGCUGCAGUGGAAGAAAGAUAAGAUAUUUUAGUCUCUUCGGUGGUCCUUGGUUUUCGUCCUUGAAGAAAGAUCUAGCCUUUUUUUUCCAUGUUGGUUCGAUUUUUUUUAGCAUUUGGAUAACAACUGGUUUCUCUUCCCCUUGGGGUUGCUAUUUCUGGCUUGGAUAACGAGGAAAGAUUUGGUGGAUUUUAGAUUAGAUUUCUUUGUUAAAGAUUCGCUUGCUCAAGAGUUAGUUGAAUGGACUUCAUUAGUAAGGGGAACUGAAGUCAUUUGCUUGGGUUUCUCCCAAUGCCGAAUCGUCUCGAUCUGAGCAUCAUUUCAAGGUGACAAUUUUAUAUCAACUGCUAGUUGUGGCGUCUUAAGCCAUGGUGCCAUCAGGGUCUUCAAAUUCCAUCGGUGGGCCUCAGUCAGUUAGCCCGUCCCUUCUCCGGUCAAAUUCUGGCUUGCUGGGAGGAUCCCAGUCUGGUUCAAUCCCAUCACAGCCUCCUUUCUCAUCUCUGGCCUCCCCUCACACCCAGUUAAACAGUAACAGUUUGCUUGGCAAUAUAACAAAUAUCCCACCUCUUAGCAAUUCAUUCGGGAAUGGAGGACCUAUUGGUGGUCUUUCUUCGUCAUCAAUGAGUCUCCAGCAGCGUGGGGGAUUUGGUUCUGUUGAUACAGUUGGCUCUGCUGAGCCUAGUCCUAUGUCAUUCACAUCUUCGUCAGGUCAAGUACAGGGACAACAACAAUGUUUCCAGAACCCUUCAAACAACCAACUUGGCGCAAAUCAACUGCAGACUAAAAUGGAUACGAUGCAGAAUUUCCAGCAGCAGAUCUCUCUUCCUCAGAAUCAGCAGCAGUUUCUUCGGGGAGGAUUGAGUAAUGUGGGUCACGUAGUACCUGUUAAGAUGGAGCCAGAGAUGGGGACUGUUAAGUUGGAGCCCCAAAUGGAACCUAACAAUCAGAUUAGGCCUUCACAACAAUUACAGUCAUUAUGUGGCAUUGGUGCAGUAAAAACGGAGUCACAACAAUUACAAUCCCUGAGAAGCUUAGGCACUGUUAAAAUAGAAAAUCAACAUUCAGAUACAUCGAUGUUUCUGCAGCAGCAGCACCAGCAGCAGCAGCAACAGCAGAUUUUACAGCUGUCAAGGCAGAACUCUCAGGUUGCUGCUGCGGCUGCAGCUGCACAAAUGAAUUACUUGCAACAACAAAGGAUUUUGCAGUUGCAGCAGCAACAACAGCGGCAGCAACAGCAGCAACAACAGAUUGUUAAGAACCUCCCUCAGCAGCGAAGCCAAUUGCAACAGCAGCUUCUCCAGCAGAAUCUUCCAAUUAGAACUGCAAUGAAAUCAACAAUGUAUGAGCCAGGGAUGUGUGCUCGAAGACUAACCCAGUACAUGUACCAUCAGCAGCACCGACCACACGACAACAACAUUGAGUUUUGGAGAAAAUUUAUAGCCGAGUAUUUUGCUCCUGAUGCGAAGAAGCGGUGGUGUGUCUCUCUUUAUGGAACUGGUCGUCAAACUACUGGUGUUUUUCCACAGGAUGUGUGGCAUUGUGAGAUCUGCAACCAUAAGCCAGGACGUGGUUUUGAAACUACUGUUGAGGUUUUACCAAGGCUCUUCCAAAUCAAAUAUGCUAGCGGCACCAUAGAGGAACUUCUGUAUGUUGAUAUGCCCCGUGAGUAUCAGAAUGCUUCAGGCCAAAUUGUAUUGGAUUAUGCCAAGGCAAUUCAGGAAAGUGUCUUUGAACAACUAAGAGUAGUGCGUGAUGGACAACUACGAAUAGUUUUUAAUCCUGAUUUAAAGAUAUCUUCAUGGGAGUUCUGCGCCAGACAUCACGAGGAGCUCAUUCCUCGAAGGGUUAUUGUUCCUCAGGUUAGCCAACUUGGUACUGUGGUGCAAAGGUAUCAGGCUGCAACUCAAAAUGCAUCAUCAGGCCUAUCGACACAGGAUGUACAAAACACUUGCAAUUCGUUUGUGGCAUCUGCUCGUCAAAUAGCCAAAGCUCUGGAAGUACCAUUGGUGAAUGAUUUAGGAUAUACAAAAAGAUAUGUUCGGUGUCUUCAGAUAUCUGAAGUGGUUAACAGCAUGAAGGAUUUGAUUGAUUUUAGCAAAGAAACUGGAGCUGGACCUAUGGAUAGCCUGAUUACCUUCCCUCGAAGAACUUCAUCAGGGCUACAAACUCUGCAGCCCCAACAAUCUGAGCAACCACAAAUCAUGACUCCGAACUCAAACCAUAAUGAUCCGACCUCUAUUCAUUCCUCAAGCAUGCCAAUUUCCACUGUCAGUAACGACCAUGUCGGUAUGAGUAACUCGCUUAACGCUUCGUCUACGUCAGCAUCGGCUGCCACAGUUAUCAGUGCCCUCCAAAAUCCUAUGAAUGCCGGCCAAGAAAGUCAGAUGAAUACUCUGAACAGCACGCACGCUGGAAAUAGUAUUCAGAUUCCUUCUACCUCAGUACCUCCAUCUCAGCCCAAUGCUUCCACUUUUCCUUCUAUGAAACAUGCAUGUAGCAACAACCCCAUGCCGACAUCACAAAUUGCUCUUCGCCUGAAUUCCAAUUCCCCUGCAAGUUUGCCUACAUUGCAACAGCCAGCAGUGAAACUGCACGACAAUGAUCCAAAUGAUUCACAGAGCUCUGUCCAACAGAUUUUACAGGAGCUGAUGAUGUCUUCACAGCUGAAUGGUGUCAAUUCAUUGGGGAACGAUGUGAAACCGAUCAACGGGAUGAUGUCUAACAUGAAUGGGGCAAAUUGCUUGUUUGGAAAUGUGAUGCCCAACGACUCAGCUAUUAACAGCACUGAAAGUUUUACAAGUAUGUGUGGGACUGGUCUACCUGCUGCAGCAAGCGGGAUGCGAGCAACAAUGACAAAUAAUGCCCUGGUUAUGAAUGGGAGGAUGGGAACGAAUCACCUCCUGCAGGAUCCAACAACUAUGAACUGUCAACCGCAGGACAUUAAUAACCGACUAUUGGACAGGUUUGGAGCUAUUAACAACUUCAAUAAUUUUCAAUUCGAUUGGAAGCCUUCUCCGUAGCAGGUGUCGAAAGAUUGGGCCGAGUUUUCAAGCAGAAGAUGAAUAGUCAAGUUGGGUCUCACCAUCACCAUAGAUAGCGAGAGCAAUACCUGUCUAUCCGACCCUAGAGCCUCUCAACUAAUUUCACCUAAAGAUAACCUCAAUUUCUAGUCCUUGUUUCAUUUACAUGCUUUCUAACUUCACUAGUAAUGCUGCUUUUCUGCAUAUUAUGCUUUCAAGAACAUCUAGUUUGCCGAUCAGAUACUGGGUGGAUGCGUGGAGGGCAACCCUGGUACCAUGUGUUGCCAUUUCCCGAUCUUAAAGAGCGUGAAUCGGGAUGGCUUUCAAGUGUUGAGUGGUUUUCUUUUACCCUCUUCUCAAGGAUUUGUAUAAACACCUACAGUGCUACUGCUGCAAUGUGGAAAACUGAAAUAUGCAAAGAUUCACUGAAAUCCACAGGGAAUGAACGACAGUCUUAUCGAUA